AUAGAAAAUAUAGAUCAAAUUUAAAGGACGGAUACACCUGUUACCUGAACACCCACUUGACAGAUAUUUGACAGAUGACAUCUGUCUAAUUUUUUUUGCCUGUGAAGUGCUUAGUUUGUGGUUAUAUCUUUAAAUAAUUAAUAUUUCAAAAAAAAACUUAUUAUUUACCAACAAAAACUGUGGAAUGGAAAAUUUUAAUAUGAAAAAGCUUUAAUUCAACUAGGGACAUAUCAGAACAGAUUUUGGAAUGGAUAAGUAAAAUUUAGACUGACGAACUACAAACAGGAAAAAUGAAAGCGUUUAUGAAAAGUUUGACCCCAUCAACAUCUCGUAAAGAGAAACUCGUCACCGAUAAUCUGAUCAAUAAAUUGUCAGAGAGUGUUAAAUACAUUCAGAUGAAUAAUAAAAUCAAAGAAGAUAACGAUGAUGUCGCUGACGAUAUGCUAACGUUAAUGGCCAACGAUUUAGAUGGGGACGGAGAUGGGAGUACGAAUUUAUGUGCAGUCAUCGAAGCAAUCUUCUUACAUGGCUUGAAGGAUUCUUUCUUUCAAAUUGCAACAAAAGCGUUUACAAACGCAGAAACAGAUUCACGACCUGAACCAUCAUUUUGGGAUCUUUUACUAGUUUUCUCCCAUCAACAAAUCAUCUCACAAAUUUAUGCUUUGCAACAGAUAACGAAUGAAGUUGGAUAUUGUCGAGCAUGGAUCCGAAUUGCGUUAAACGAUAAUCUUUUAUCGAGUUACAUGAGUUCGAUGCAACGAGAUGCACAUAUUUUGAAACAAUUUUAUAAAACCUUUGCGUUUAUACGUGAUUCCGAAUUGUUUGAUGUAGCCCAAAAUUUGAUUAAUGGAGUCGAAACGAUACCUAAUCAUUCAUUUACGUUAGCGAUUAAUUCUAGUUUGCUGAAUUAUUGGACUACACCGCCAUUAUUGAUGGCUGGAAUAUGGUCACCGCCAUUGAAAUCAUGCCCUAUCACAUCUGGUAUCGACAUUGCCCAAUCAUUGGAUAUAACCAAAGUACAAAUAUCCAAUCAAAAUAAACAAUCAACGUCUACUGAUAACGACAGUGGAGUUGGAACUGGGACAAAUAGUACUAGUGGGGCAACAAGUACUGCAAGUACAACCAGUACCGGUAUAGGACAAUUAACUGCGUUAAAUGAAGGCGAAGCAUUACGUAUUAUCUUACAAAAGUCAAAUGAAAUCGAGGAAACAAUCAAUAAACAAUCGACUGAAAACGAUAAACAUCAAGAGGGCACUAGUGAAGAAUCAUCUUCGUUAACGCUGUCAACAAAUUUAGAUUCAUCAAUCGAAACAAAUCAUUCGAGUGGAAUUGGUAAUUCAUUGUCAGCCAUGAUGUGUGACGGAGAUGGCGGAUGGUCAUCUACAUCCUACAAACAAGAUAAUGAAGCGAGCUACAAUGCACUUAUCGAUAAUUAUUAUCACUUGAAUAUGAAGACGACAUUUAAGUUACCGAUUGUUGAGAAUAAUGUUGGGCCUGAGUCUAGUGAUCAAGAGCAGGUCAAUAAUAUUGAGGAUCAGAUAACGAGGUCUUUUACGGAUAGAAGUACGAAAAAUGAUCAGAUGCUGCAGAAUUUAGGUUACGAAGUGAUUUCGUCAUGUGAUCAAUCGUCAAGCGAUAUUACAACGAAUGAAUUUCAUCAGUUUACCAAAUAUUUUAGUCAAAUAGCCAACGAAAAGGGAUUAGAUCAACAAAAGUAUAAUUGCAGUGCUUGUGGAAAUACAUUGGGUAUUAGUUUUGGACAACCAAAAUAUAAAAUAUGUGGAUUGACUGGCGACUAUUAUUGCAGUGAAUGUAUGAGUGAUGAAUUACAUAUAAUACCUGCAAGAGUAUUAUUUAAUUGGGACUUUAGGAAAUAUCAAGUAUCGAAACGGGCUCACCUAUUUUUAACUGAAUAUAAAAAUCAUCCAUUUAUAAAUAUUAAAAUAAUAAAUCAAAAAAUCUAUUCAUUAAUAAAUAAAAUGUCGGAUUUACAUGAGCUACGCAUACAAAUGAAUUAUUUACGUGCAUACUUGUACACAUGUCGUGAACCGAUUAUAGAACAAUUAAAACGUCAAAUAUGGCCACGUGAAUAUCUAUAUGAAACAAUUCAUUUAUAUUCAAUAUCUGAUUUGGAAUUAAUCAAUAAUAAUAAUCAAUUAAUUAUGCAAUUAAAAUCACUGGUACAGUUUGCACGUAAUCAUGUGCUCACUUGUUGGUUAUGUUCACAAAAAGGAUUCAUUUGUGAGUUAUGUUCGAAUAAUCAAAUAUUGUAUCCAUUUGAUUUAGACACUACAUUACGGUGCGAAGUUUGUAAUGCUGUUUAUCAUCGCCAAUGUUUACAAACUUCAAGUGAAUGUCCAAAAUGUGAGCGACAACAAUCAAGGCGACAAACUCAACUUGAUUCUAAUAACUCUAUAAAAUAAUUUAAUUCAAUCAAUGAGAUUAUUACCAUCAAAUAAGAGAUCAAAAUAGUAUGUACAGAGUCUUUUUUCAACAUAAGACAAAAUGAACAUAAGAAAAAAUGUGCCAUAGAAUAUUCAAUAUACAUCGAUUAAGGACUAUAAAAUCAGUUCUGAAAAUUUUAGGGGACUUGCCAGAUUAUUUAAAUACAUUAAUGACUUCAAAAGUAGGCAUAUUUAACAUUGGUUUUAUGGUAAAACAGAAGAUGGAUGGUACGUUUUCAUAGAUUUCUCCAAAACUAGUCGCUAGACACUAAAAAAAGAAACGUGUAAUUUGGAAGGUUCAUGUUAAGAAAGACCAUGUGAUUUUUCAGUAUUCAUUUAUGUUUUCUAAAAUAAAAAUAAUUCGAGUGUCGGAAAUAAAACUGUUUUUUUUGUAAAAUUGUAGAACUAAGUCACAAAUGUUUCUUAUUUGAUUGUAAUUAAAAAUUUGAAUUUGU